CCAGCAUCCAGAAUACUUGCCAAUCAUCUACGUCAGUUUCGGAGUCACAAACACUGUCCGAAAGAUCUCUGAGCUCACUUCUGGACCCCUCGAACUCCUCAGAUUACACCAGCCCUCAAUCAUGCCUUCAUUCCAGCAUGAGGUCGAGUUGGGAGUCUCUGCACCCACCAUGUGGAACAGUCUGAAGGAUCAGAACACGCUCUUUCCCAAGCUUAUGCCCGAGGCUAUUGCUAGCAUUGAGAUGAUCCAGGGUGCAGGAGAGCCUGGCACUAUUCGUCAGAUCAACUUCACACCCAUGGCCACAGCAAAUGGUGGAUUCGCAUUUGUUAAGGAGAAGCUUCUGAGUAUCGAUCUGGAGAAAUUUUCGGCCGUAUCCGAGGAGGUGGAGGGAGGAAACAAGGGUGCUUUCGGCUUCACGAAGUGGGUGCACGAGAUCAAGAUUGUACCAGUCGACGACAAGACUUCAAAGUUGGUGUUCUCGGCAGAAUAUGAGGGUGGAUCUGAGGACGCGGCUAGUAAGGCGGUCGCUCGGGCCAAGGAAUAUCUCACCAAAGCCUUCAAAACCUUUGAGGAGCACAUCAAGAGCAGCGCUUAGUUUGACCAGGUCUCGGUUCCCGCUGUGAUUUAUAUAGCUCAUUACGAUUGGUUACCAAGAAUUUGUUGCGUACUAUAAGCCAGCUGAUCACAAUAUGAGUAACACUUCGGCUACUCCCAGCCGAGAAAUAGAUCUCUCCGUUUGGCUGACUGGCUGAGUUUUUCUACAAGUCCUCGUCAGCCUCCACUGGAAGCCAUGGAAAUGUUCCGAGAGCGCAACUUGUAUCAGUGGUUUCUGUAAAUAAGAUGAAGAAACAAAAAUCUUGUCAACCUGGUCUACAGUUGCAUUUUCUUUU